UCAAUGUCAUUGACCUAAUAUGGCCAUGUGGCUAUAUUAGGUCAAUGACAUCAUGAGCAUCUCUGCUCCUUUGCAUAUUUGGGCUCAGGGGCGGACUGACAACUCAUGGGGCCUCCGGGCAAUAGGGGAUCAUGGGGCCCCUGUGUCCUUGCCCAAACUCAAAAAAACCCUAUGAAAAAAGUACCAGGGGCAUCUCAUGGGGCCCCCUACUGACCCCGGGCCCUCGGGCAGUGCCCGAGUUUCCAAAUGGUCAGUCCGCCCCUGGUUGG